UAUAAAACGUGGAUGGGUUGAAUUUUAAAGGGGCGGGCCCGUUUGGCAGGCCUGGUAAGAAACUAAGGCAGGUCGGAUCUAUAUGAGCUAGUCAAGGGAUUAAGCACAGCAAGCAAAACAUGGCGAAUCAAGCAGCCAAUUCUUCUUCUUCUACUGAUCAUUACGCAUACGAGGUGUUCCUGAGUUUUAGAGGCCAGGAUACACGCUCUAAUUUCACCAGUCAUUUACACAACGCUUUGCAUCAGAAGGGUAUCAAGACCUUCAUAGAUGAUGAGCUUCCUAGAGGAGAAGAAAUAUCGCAAGAGCUUCUCAAAGCAAUUGAGGACUCCAAGAUCUCAAUCAUCGUCUUCUCUCAAAACUACGCUUCCUCAAGGUGGUGUUUAGAUGAGCUCGUCAAGAUCCUUCAAUGCAGAAAAUCAAACCGACAAACGGUUAGACCCGUUUUCUACAAGGUGGACCCCUCGGAUGUGCGACACCAAACAGGUGCUUUUGGUGCGGGAUUUGCUAAACUUGAUCAAUGCAAAUUCAAGGAUAGCCUGGGCAAAUGGAAGGCAGCUCUUUCAAAAGCAGCAAGUUUGUCUGGAUGGACUUUCUCGCAUGGCAAGAAUGAGUCAAAGUUUAUCAACGAGAUUGUUAAUGAGCUGUCAGACCAAGUAUUGAACUGUUCAUAUGAUCUGGAUGUGGCUAAAAAUCCAGUUGGAAUAGAGUCUUGUGUUCAAGAUAUGGAGAAGCUUUUAAAUGUCGAUGAUAAAAAUAUUGUUCGCAUGGUCGGGAUAUGGGGGACUGGUGGAAUAGGUAAGACAACAAUUGCUAAGGCGGUCUAUAAUCUAAUUUCCCAUAAGUUCGAAAGUAGAUGUUUCUUGGCAAAUGUCAGAUCAAAAUCAGCGAACCAAGAAGGCUUGGCCCAAUUGCAAGAGACUCUUCUGCAAGAUCUUCUAAGGGAAAAAAACUUGAAGGUGAAUGAUGUAUCUAAUGGAGUAAAUGUGAUAAAAAGAAGGCUUGCCCAGAAAAAAGUUCUCUUGAUUCUUGAUGAUGUGAGUGAUUUGGAACAAUUAAACUACUUAGCUCGAGAGUCUAAUUGGUUUGGAUGGGGCAGCAGAAUUGUCAUAACAACAAGAGAUAAGCAUUUACUAAAUGCUCAUCAAGUUCGUUCAGUAUACGAGGUCAGGAUGUUAGAUGAUGAUGCUGCUUUGGAGUUGUUUAGUUUGAAUGCAUUCAAAAGAAAUCAACCUCCAAACAAUUACUUGAAACUUGCAAGACUUGCAGUGUGCUAUGCCCAAGGCCUUCCAUUAGCUUUGAUAGUUUUGGGCUCUCAUCUAAUUGAUAGAAGCAUAGAACAGUGGGAAGUUGCAUUAGACAGUUCUAAAAGAGUUCCUCAUAAGAAGAUACAAGACAUUCUUAGAGUUAGUUUUGAUGCACUGGAAGAUCAUCUAAAAACUCUAUUUCUUGAUAUUGCUUGUUUCUUUAAUGGUAAUACGGUAAACCAUGUGAUACCCAUACUAGAAGCUUGUGAUCUCAACCCGGUGAUUGGCAUUGAACUACUCAAAGAAAAGGCCCUAAUAACAAUGGAUGGAUGUAAGAUUUGGAUGCAUGACCUGAUAGAAGAAAUGGGUAAAGAAAUAGUUCAUCAAGAAUCACCCGAUCUACCUGGCGAACGUAGUAGAUUAUGGAUAGGUGAGGACGUGGACCUCGUUCUAACAAAUAACACGGGAACAAAUAAAAUUAAAGGCAUCCAAGUAUGGUCGGCAACAGAUGAGAUAUGUUUAAAUGGCAAAAGCUUUUCAGAGAUGAAAAGUCUUAGAUAUUUUGUGAGCAGCUAUGAGGCAUCCUAUUCUGGAGAAAUUGAUUAUCUGUCCAAUGAGUUGAGGUGGCUUGAUUGGCCUCUAUGUCCAUUGCAGUCAUUUCCAUCCAAUUUUUAUCCAAAGAAACUUGUUGCACUGAAUAUUCCUGAUAGUCACAUCACACGAUUAUGGGAGGGAUUUAAGAAUUUGCAAAGUCUAACAUCAAUGGAUUUAAGUGCUUGUGAAUUCUUAACCGAACUCCCAGACUUCACAGGAAUCCUCAACUUAAAAGAGCUGCAUUUAGAUGGCUGUAAAAGGUUAGUUGAGGUUCAUCAUUCUGUCGGAUCGCUUAAUAAGCUUGUUACCUUGAAUCUUCACGACUGCUCUAAUCUUGUUAAGUUGCCAAGAGAAAUUAGCUUAACAUCUAUUGAAACUAUUUGUAUCCGCAAUUGCGAAAGACUCACAGAAUUUCCAAAAAUUAUUGGAAAGAUGGCUUCCUUAAGGUAUUUGGAUCUAUCAGGCAGUGGCAUUAAAGAAUUGCAUCCAUCAAUUGGAAAACUCAUUGGACUUAAAGAGUUAUAUUUAGAAAAAUGUGCAAAUCUAAGGACUCUGCCAUGCAGCAUUUAUGGUUUGCAAAAUGUAGAGAUACUUGAUCUCAGUGGAUGCUCAAAACUUGCCACAUUUCCAGCAAAAACCAACAUUUUCCAAGACAAUGGUGUCUCUUUAUCACUUCCCAAGUUAGAGGUAUUUCGAAUAGGAGGAUGCAGUUUAUUAGAUGUUGAUUUCCUCACAACUCUUGAUUGCUGUGAAACAUUAACUGAACUUGACCUGUCAAAUAACUAUUUUGGUAAUCUUCCUUCAUGCAUUAGCAAAUUCGUCAAUUUGUGGAGGCUUGAGUUGGAUUGUUGUAGGUCACUCCGGGAAAUUCCAGAGCUUCCACCAAAUCUAGUUGAGAUAAACCUGAGUGAUUGCAUAUCACUGGAGAGAUUUGCAAAGUCGUCAAAGAUGUUGGAACAUAAAGAAACAGAGGGGAUUAGAAGGAUUAACUUGUGGAAUUGCCAGCUGGGCUUAAGCAUGGAAAAGAUGAAACGUAUUUUACUGAAUAAUCAGGAGAACUCGCCGUUUGGUGUUGUAUUUCCCGGAAGUGAGGUUCCAAACUGGUUUUCCAAAGUCGAAUGGAAUUGGUCACAUCAACUGUCUAUCAGAAUCCCUGAAAAUCUGAUAUGGGAGAACACAGGAUUGGCUAUUUGUGCUGUUUCUGAAGAAGGUGAGCUAAACUAUUUUGGUGCUGAUAUUUUCAUUGGUGAUAUAUGCAUAGGUCGCUGUCGGCCCUGGACCUUUUCAAGACCAAGUUUGCGUUCAACAUCAGAUCAUGUCUGGGUGCAGUAUAUUCCAUUACCUGUUAAAAUGAAGGCAAAGGUGAAGCAAAAGGAUUGGUGGCAGCCUUAUGAGUGUCGCAUUCAAUUUGACUGUGCGCUUUAUAACUUGAGAGUGAAAAGCUAUGGGGUUCACUUAGUCACUCCUGGCAAUGAGACUAGUAUGCUUUCAUGGCUGCAAAAGAGUGGAAAGCGCUUUCGCCCGAUCUGCCUGGAGAACGCCUGGCGAACGCCAAGCAUAGAGCAGUGGGAAGUUGCAUUAGACAGUUCUAAAAGAGUUCGUCAUAAGAAAAUACAAGACAUUCUUAGAAUAAGUUUUGAUGCACUGGAAGAUCAUCUAAAAACUCUUUUUCUUGAUAUUGCUUGUUUCUUUAAGGGUAAUACGACUACUCAAAGAAAGGCCCUAAUAACAAUGGAUGGAUGUAAGAUUUGGAUGCAUGACCUGAUAGAAGAAAUGGUUAAAGAAAUAGUGCAUCAAGAGUCACCCGAUCUGCCUGGCGAACGUAGUAGAUUAUGGAUAGGCGAGGAUGUGGACCUUGUUCUGACAAAUAACACUGGAACAAAUAAAAUUAAAGGCAUCCUAGUGUGGUCGGCAACAGAUGAGAUAUGUUUAAAUGGUAAAGGCUUUUCAGAGAUGAAAAGUCUUAGAUAUUUUGUGAGCAGCUAUGAGGCAUCCUAUUCUGGAGAAAUUGAUUAUCUGUCCAAUGAGUUGAGGUGGCUUGAUUGGCCUCUAUGUCCAUUGCAAUCUUUUCCAUCCGAUUUUUAUCCAAAGAAACUUGUUGCGCUGAAUAUUCCUGAUAGUCGCAUCACACGAUUAUGGGAGGGAUUUAAGAAUUUGCAAAGUCUAACAUCAAUGGAUUUAAGUGCUUGUGAAUUCUUAACCGAACUCCCAGACUUCACAGGAAUCCUCAACUUAAAAGAGCUGCAUUUAGAUGGCUGUAAAAGGUUAGUUGAGGUUCAUCAUUCUGUCGGAUCGCUUAAUAAGCUUGUUACCUUGAAUCUUCACGACUGCUCUAAUCUUGUUAAGUUGCCAAGAGAAAUUAGCUUAACAUCUAUUGAAACUAUUUGUAUCCGCAAUUGCGAAAGACUCACAGAAUUUCCAAAAAUUAUUGGAAAGAUGGCUUCCUUAAGGUAUUUGGAUCUAUCAGGCAGUGGCAUUAAAGAAUUGCAUCCAUCAAUUGGAAAACUCAUUGGACUUAAAGAGUUAUAUUUAGAAAAAUGUGCAAAUCUAAGGACUCUGCCAUGCAGCAUUUAUGGUUUGCAAAAUGUAGAGAUACUUGAUCUCAGUGGAUGCUCCAAACUUGCCACAUUUCUUGCAAAAAACAACAUUUUGCAUGACGAUGGUGUCUCUUUAUCACUUCCCAAGUUGGAGGUAUUUCGAAUAGGAGGAUGCAGUUUAUUGGAUGUUGAUUUCCUCACAACUCUUGAUUGCUGUGAAACAUUAACUGAACUUGACCUGUCAAAUAACUAUUUUGGUAAUCUUCCUUCAUGCAUUAGCAAAUUCGUCAAUUUGUGGAAGCUUGAGUUGGAUUGUUGUAGGUCACUCCGGGAAAUUCCAGAGCUUCCACCAAAUCUAGUUGAGAUAAACCUGAGUGAUUGUGUAUCACUGGAGAGAUUUGCAAAGUUGUCAAAGGUGUUAGAACAUAAAGAAACAGAGGGGAUUAGACGGAUUAACUUGUGGAAUUGCCAUCUGGGCUUGAGCAUGGAAAAAAUGAAAAGUAUUUUACUGAAUAAUCAGGAGAACUCGCCGUUUGGUGUUGUAUUUCCCGGAAGUAAGCUUCCAAACUGGUUUUCCAAAGUCGAAUGGAAUUGGUCACAUCAACUGUCUAUCAGAAUCCCUGAAAAUCUGAAAUGGGAGAACGCUGGAUUGGCUAUUUGUGCUGUUUCUGGAAAAGGUGGGCUAAACUAUUUUGGUGCUGAUAUUGUCAUUGAUGAUGUAAGCAUAGGUCGCUGUUAUCCCUGGACCUUUUCAAGACUAAGUUUGUGUUCAACUUCAGAUCACGUCUGGGUGCAGUAUAUUCCAUUACCUGUUAAAAUGAAGGCAAAGGUGAAGCGAAAGGAUUGGUGGCAGCCUUAUGAGUGUCGCAUUCAUUUUGACUUUGCGCUUGCAAACUUUAGAUUGAAGAGCUAUGGGGUUCACUUAGUCGCUCCUGGCAAUGAGACUGGUAUGCUUUCAUGGCUGCGAAAGAGGUCUAUUUAUGGAACUUUAUGAUUGGAUGGCGCUUUCGCCGUCUCGGAAACGUUACCACCCCAUCUAGGAGAAACCAUCAGUGGUAUCCUCAUCGUUGACUUCCUGCACUACUCCUAUUACUCCACUACUCCACGGCUUCAACGCCAACAUGAGCCAACUGAGCUGUAAAUCGUGGUUUUCUUUUUCUUGGAGCAGUAGAUAUUUCCAAUAAUGAUUAUCACCACCAGGAGGAGGAGCAGGAGCAACCAAUAUUAGUAAUGAUUCCUUCAAAACGACACUGCACCGAGAAGCAACCAUCAAUGGCUCACGAAAUGGAUCAUCUUCCCAUCCCCAUCAUGGAUGACCUUUCCGUUCCCUCCUCCGCGGAUUACUCUGCAUGUGCAUCCACCUCAGAUGUGCGGUGGAAUCCACCGGCUCAAAUCUUCCAGACUUCUGCUUGGCAAGCAAAUAUUGAUGCUCUUCCCAAUUUACAGUUGACUUUCGAGAAUUGCCUACCUCACAAUCCACUCCAAAGCUCCAACAACAAUAAUGCAUUAUGCAUUUAAAUGUUAUUUCAGAGACAGAGAGGUUUGAAGCCAAAACUUGACAAUCCAACUGCUAUAUUGUUCGAGCUUCAAAGUGCGAGAAGCUGAUCAAGAUUUCAACAAUUUUCAGCGAUCAAGUGGGGUGAUUCACAAGAGUUUUCUGAUAGUAUAAGCAAGUGACAUGUUGCGCUUUAGAGUCUGCUGCAAGAUCAGGCUCUCUCCAACAAGGUUUUCUAUUCAUCAGAACUGAUCAACGUGUAAGUAUGAUGCAUUGCGGUAGUCAGCAUUCAGAUCAGAAUGGGGCAGUCUAUCUGGACUGUUACUGCAUUAGAAUUUGGCACCUUGUUACUCCCAUUAUCAAGUAAUAUCAUGUACGUACAAUUAACUCUGGUAUAUUUUGAGGUGCGUUAGCGAAGCAAAUUUCACUCACAUAUGUUCUUUUAAGGUUGGUCGAAGCAACAAUUUGAAACGAUGCUGCUGUUUUAUCUUCAAGUUUCAAAGUGAAAGAUCAAGAUUUUCAUGAGUCUUCCUUGAGUUUCUUCCUUCAAGAAUUUCCAACUUAGGGUUUUCUCUUUGUUCUAAAAACUGAAGAUAUUUUUCUUACUAGGAGAAUACGUACUGGUAAGUAAUCAGCUAGCUAGGACAUGCAAAAUAAGGUAGUUCAUACAACAUGGUUGAUAUGAUCCAUUAUUAUCAUUUGUUUCUGGUUUAUUUUCUUUGCUUUCAUUUUGUUAAUGUGUUGCUAUAUGAUUGAUAUCAUGCAAUUUGUUUGUUUUUUCCAUCUGCAGUGGGGACUUUAGAUUUUCCACUCAGAAAGGUUUUAGACUCUAGCCAAGUUGGCUACAUGCUGAUUGCACACCCAACGGAAUAUAAGACGACCUCAAACAAGCUAGAAGAAAAGAAAUUGUAGCCUGGCUUUGGCUAAGUAUCUUGCUUCAAGGUGAUUCCGCAGGUUUGUGCUGACCUUCUUGAGGAAGAAGGAAUUGGUUUUCAUUGUUUCUAAGGAUGGAGUUGAUAUUCACAUAUUCAGUAGCUAGCACCAAUCUGGAUUACCAUUCACAAGGUCUAGUGGCACCCGAUCAUAUCUGGUGGUUAAUGAGGGUUUUCACAGUCAUAAGCAAGUGGCAUGAGUCUCUUUAGAGGCUGCUGCAGGAUCAGGCUCUCUCCAACAAGCAUUUUUAUUGAUCAAAACUGAUCAAUAAGAGAAUAUUGGUGGCAGUCAGCUAGGCUCUGCAAAUCAAGGGGGAACAAUAAAUUUUCACUUGGAAUGGAUGCAAAUUCGGGCAAAAUCGGGUACAUGCUGAUCUGUUAGAAUUUGAGACGACUGCAAAUAAACUAGAAGUAAAGGUAACAAGCAAACCAAUAGUGAUAUACCCCAACAGUGGUGAGACCUAUGAUGGUCAGAGAAAGCAAUGGGUGCCAUCGAGUGGGCGGGUUGAUGAAGAGUUUGCAGAAAUAGUCAUAGCGAAGUGGCGUGAGGCUGGGGCUUCCCUGUUUGGAGGCUGCUGCAGAACAACUCCAAAUACCAUAAGGGCAAUAUCUAAGGCUCUUUCUAACAAGUCUUCUGCAGUUAACGACGCUUAGUUGAGUUUUGAAAAUGAGAUGUAAAUACUUGUAGCGGAUGCUAAGAAUAAGGGCAUGUUUCUUUUUCAUUUCCUUGUUUUGUAACUCCAAGGAAGUAGCAAAUUACUAUCACCAUGGAGCUGCUGCUGUAUGGUGACUGGUGAGGUUGUUUCACAUCAAAUAACAAUUCUUUUGUUACCUUUUGGAGUUAAAUUUCACUAGC